AGAUUUGAAAUAUUUAUUUUGAUUCAUGCCAUGGUGUGGGCGAAUAGGGUUUUGCUUUGAAUUCUGAAUGGCGGCCAUAGACGCCAUGGAUGUGGAGUGGGAUGUUCUGCUUUUCUACUGCAUUGUAAGCGCGGAAGAAGUAGAGCCAAGCGGGCAUGUGGUUCGGAGGAGGGGAACCUGCACGGGGGUGGCAGCAGGCACCACAUUCUCUGGUGCGCUUGAGGCUGUCCAGGAAGCGGCAGGAGCAAAGGGCGGGGAUGAAGUCCACCGUCUUCGAUUCAAGCCCAAGCCUGCGUGGGUUGCGCUCACUCCUCAAGUUUCUGGCUAUGUCUGCCAGAAAGGGGACGAGCUUUUCUUCAGAGUGACUCGCCCAGUGCUACCAACAAAGGUGAAAGGUGUGCCAGCUGGUGUGGCGUCACUUGCGCGGGCUGGCGAGACUGACCAUCAGAAGUUCUGGAUUCUAGACCGUGAUCCGCUGGGGAACUUUGUCCGGCCUUUCCUGCUGUGGAAACGAAAGGCAUAUACGAGUCUGGAAACCAAACUGCUGACGGAGACGGCUCGCAUUUUCAUUGUUCUCGGCACUGCAGGAACGGGAAAAACUUUCUUCGGCUACCACUGGAUUACUAGGCUGGGACAAAUGGGUCACGAACGCGUUUUGUACAAGAAGGAAGGUGCUACUGUCUACGUUCUCAAUCUGCGAAGGCAUUGCGUUGAAGGUGCUUACGAUAUGGAUGACAAGGUUAUCACUGAUAUGUUGGACGACCCGUCAUUGUGGCUAGUGAUUGAUGGCAAGCAGAAGGCUGCGGUGGAGGGCGUGUGCAAAAUACUCUUGACUUGCUCGACUCAGAAGAGCAACUAUGGAGAAUUCGGGAAGUCGGGAGACUGCCUCAAGCUUUACAUAUCGGUGUGGUCCAGGGAGGAAGUCGAGGCAUUCUUUAGCGACUUCGAGGUUCACAGAAGUCAGUUUGAAAGCAUGAAGGUGGUGGACAAAACCACAGCGCUCCAGGCAUUCGAUUACUUGGGAGGUGUUGCGAGGUACAUUCUAACUAAAUGGAAGUUGAAGGAUGGCAGGGACAGGGUUAGAGAUGCUGUCCAGCGUCUAGGAUCAAGCGUCCAGGAUGCCAGGCUUGUUUUGUGUGCUGGGCACUUCAAGAACGUGAGCGAUUGUGUUCUUCACAUAGUAGCAAGUGAUGAUCACUUGGAAGUCAAGAGCCGGAGGUUUGCAAGCGAGGCUCUGAUGAAAGAGCUGGGAGAGCAGUACAUCCAGGCUGGAGUUGCAGCGAUGGUGAAGUUUCUGAAACAUACAUUCAGCUGUCCUUGGGUGGGGGGUCUGUGGGGGAAACUCUACGAGUCACUUGUUCAUAGGCUUCUGUCCCGUGGUGGCAACUUCAGAGUGAAGGAGGUGUUUGAGGACGGGAGACGCCCAGCGGAGACUUCGAUCGCUGUUGCACCACAUGUGAUGGAAGAGGCAAACUCAGCUGUGGAUCUCAAAGCGAAAAUGGGGAAAGGCAAGUACGUGAAACCAACGUCCGAGACGCUUCCAUGUGCCAUGGAUGACAACAUAUUGGUUCAGGUGUUUAAGAAACGCGAUGUCAAAGCCAGCGGUUUGGAGAAGGUCGAUGCUGUGUUGAAGAAGAACUCGUAUAACUUGUGGUCGUGCGUUCCCAAAGAGACGUAUCCACUCACAGGAUGGCAGGAUUAUAAGAGCAGCAGCGAUGGAGGAGGCCAUGGAAAAGAUAUUCCAGUCUUGCAGAAAAUGAGGCAGUUUGUGGUUGCAGUAGACUAUGAAGAUGCGAGGAGUUUGUGAGAGCGAGCUUGAGCCGAGCAGAUAUAAAGGACAGUGAGGAAUAACUCCGGAAGUCGUCAAGCGUGAAGUACCUCUAGUGGCUUUGACUCGGACAAGGCUUGGCUGUGCAAUACCUCUAGGACAGCUUCGAGAGGGAAGGUGGCAUUUUGUAAGAGCAUGGGUUAAGUUUUGAAGUUACAAAUCGCCUUCUUUGUU